ACCGUUACGCUCCCCAAAAAGCUCUCCUUUUUACUUCCUCUUAAGGCUCCGACUCUCUCCGCUUCCCCCCGCCAUGACUGCGUCUGCAGCAACCUCCACCACCGCCCGUUACUGGACGCUCAUGAAACUCACCGUAUCCCUUUUCCGCAGAGGCUUCAACUCCUCCAAAUGCAAAACAGCAGCGAAGAUGGCCGUGGCAAGAAUAAAGCUACUGAGGAACAAGAGAGAGGUGGUGGUAAAGCAAAUGAGGCGUGACAUUGCCUUGCUUCUGCGGUCUGGUCAAGACGCCACUGCUCGUAUCCGGGUUGAACAUGUUAUAAGAGAACAAAAUAUUUUAGCUGCAAAUGAGUUCAUUGAGCUUUUCUGCGAAUUAGUUGUGUCCAGGCUUUCCAUCAUUGCUAAGCAAAGGGAAUGCCCUGCAGAUCUGAAAGAGGGGAUUGCUAGUUUGAUUUUUGCAGCCCCGAGGUGUGCAGAAGUUCCAGAACUAGUCUCAAUUAGAAAUAUUUUUGAAAAGAAAUACGGGAAAGAUUUUGUGUCUGCCGCUACUGACCUGCGGCCUAACGGCGGUGUUAAUCGUCUGCUUAUUGACAAGCUCUCAGUUAAAACACCCAGUGGUGAAGUAAAGCUGAAAGUGAUGAAGGAAAUAGCAAAGGAGCACCAGAUAGAAUGGGAUACCACUGAAUCAGAGAAGGAGCUUCUAAAGCCUCCAGAAGAGCUUAUAGGGGGACCACGUGCUUUUGUUAGUGCUUCCAGCUUACCUGUAAAACCUGCUGAUCAUGCACCCAAUCAUUCUAUUGACCCAAGGAACAGGUCAAGAGGUUGUGGAAAUGGUGACUUCAUGCAUUUUGAAGACACCGCAUCAGCUGCUGAAGCAGCUGCUGAAUCAGCAAAAAGGGCAAUUGCUGCUGCGCAAGCUGCUGCCUAUCUGGCAAACAAGGAUAUCAACCAAUUGACUCAAGCAUCUGCUUAUGGUAAAAAUCUCAAUGCUUCAAGCAACGAUCAUGGAUUAAAAACCUUCCCCGGAAACCCUGCUGGCGAGUUCCUACCAACUGAUCCGUCAGUCAACUCUCAGUAUAUGGAAUCUAAAGCCUAUGGGAGGAGGAUAUAUGACUCCCACAGAUUUGAUAGGUCUCAUCAAUCAACUGAUGAAGAAAUGAGGCCUAACAGUGGAGAAGACCGAAAUGCCACUAGGAGACACAGCUACAAUGCCCCUUCCGUGCAUUCAGAUAUUAAGUUUGAUGAGUCGGAUUGCGAUGAGGAAAUGGAAGUUGAAGAAGAUGCUCCACGUCGCUUUACUCUUCCUCCCGAGCGAUCUCCACCUCCACCACCAUUUCCUUUCUCUCAAGGGAAGCAGGAGCCCAUUCAUCGUGUUCAUCCCAAAUUGCCUGAUUAUGAUGACCUUGCAGCACGCUUUGAAGCUCUCAAGCACCAUAAAUCAAGAACCUAAAACUAUCAGAUACCCUCAUGAACUGGUCUUUAUGCCUAUAUACUUGGUACUAGAAAUAUAAAGGAUGUUAUGCUAUGGUUAUAUAUCUACUUGAAAUGUCCAUUUUGCAUGUUAUUACUUGAUUUGUUUUGUACACCUUGUGGAGAACUAUCUCCAUUUUUCUCAUAGACUUGAUGUUAUAUGAUGACAGAAACCUUCUAGUUCCUACCUUUAUGCCU